GGUUGGGCAAUAGCCGACAGACACCAUCUAGUCUAUCCUCCUUUUCCCCGACGUGGGGAGAGAUCUGCCCACAGCUAGCCGUUCACACCCGCUGUUCACAAUUCUUCCUUCCUUGACCUGGAUCUUAACCUGCAUAAAUCAUGUGAAAAGCCAUCCUUGGAAGGCAGGCCUCAGGUGGUCGACAUCCACAAAUGUCAGCAUGUGUUGGAGGGAGAGGUUGUGACUAGGUGCCUCUGCCUCCCCCUCCCUGCCUUGGUACUAACGCCGAGACCGUCAGGAUCGCAAAUGCGACUUGUCUAGUCUAGAUAGACGCCUGAAACGGUGUUGAUCCAGAUUAGUCAUCCCUGGCCGUCCCGCCGAGGGUGACAUGUCCGAAGUCUGACACUGGCAGUUUCGAUGUCAGCAUCGCGCCGAUAGGUCGGGCCAGACCUCAUGCAUGCGAGCCGACACAUAACUAGGAGAUAAAAAGAUGGCAGCCGAAGACACCCCGAUCCGCUCCACCUGCCACUGCGGCGCCAUCACGGUCACGGCGCCCCGGCUGCCCGGGUACACCAACGCCUGCCAGUGCACCAUAUGCAGGCGCUACGGCGCCGCGUGGGCCUACUACCGCCCGGACGAGGUGAGGAUCGAGACCAGGCCCGGCGCCGUGGCGAGGCAGUACGUCUGGGGGGACCGGGGGAUCUCCUUUAACUUUUGUGAUUCUUGUGGAUGCGUAUGCUACUGGUGGCCGCUGGAGCAGCCUCCUCCCCCUGGUAGUACUGACGGGGAAGAGUACAAGAUGGGCAUCAACACCAAUAAUAUGGACCCGGGGCUUUUGAAGUACGUCGAUAGGAGGUUUGACUAUGCCGUCUUGAAGAUUCCGGUGCGGUCAAAGGAUACCGCGCAUCCUGAGGAUCACGCGACCUAUUGAGACUGGUCUCAAAAGGGUUGGGAAGGACAUCGUGUCUUCAAUGUGGGAAUCCGUAUACGGAGCUACUCGAUAUUUAUUGAUUUCAUUCCAUCUCAAUGUUUCUGUAUCUGCAAUUUUUCCAGCUCGAGACUUGGAUGACAAUUUAAGAACAUUGAAAGCACAUGGUGCUUUUCCCUA